CAGUGAUUUACUGACAACGUUCACAAGGUUCCCAACGGUUCCUCUGAUUGACAGCUCGCUCUUUCCCGCCUCCCGGGCUGCUGUCUCACGGUCACGUGACAAGGCGGGUAUUUCCCUUCCCUCUGAGCGCGUUGACGUCACAGAUAGUGGUGCUUCUUCACCGACGUCGUUUCCCCGGCAACGGUCGGACUGGGGCUGAAUUUUUCUUGAACAAUGGAGAGUCAUUUGAGAGACGGGGCCUUCCUGGAACACACUCCUCCAGAGAGAUCCCGACUGUGUCCUGGCCGAGCAGUCAAUGUUUAUGUGUCAAGUGAAUUGAUUAUUUUGACUUGUACACCAUCUAACGACCUGCAUCCGAUUUCAAGCCAUCUGCUGUACAAAGUCGGAGAAGUGAUAUCAGUAAAUAGCCGAUACUAUUCAUUGCAAAGUCAUCCGACUUAUAUCAUCACAAACACAGGGACCGACAUAAAUGACUACUACUGGGUUUACUCGCGCUCAAUGUUUGGAAGAAUUGUAAUGUCCAAGCAAACUGAAACAGUGCGAAUAAAGGUCGUGGUGGUCGUGAGGGCCCAGGGAGAAAAUGAUCUAGGUCGUCCAGAGAAACCUCUACUGUCCCCUGAACUGGAGGAAAAAGUUUAUGUGUCAGGAGAAAGGGUCACUUUUACCUGUACAUCAUCAGAGUGUCGAGAUAUCAUCAGAUUUCUCCUCUACGAAGGAGUGCAAUUUGUAACACAGAAGCUCACGGACACUUCUGGGCAAGACAGCGCCAUGUUUACGAUCACCGAACCAUUGGUUGGCUCGAAAUCUUAUACCUGUACUUACACUUGCAAUGUGAAUGGUACAAUUGUAGAAUCGAAUAAAAGUACACCAGUGCAGAUAAACAUAGUAGCUCGGCCACAAAAACCUCAAAUAUCAUGUGACCAAAAGGAGAAGGUCUAUGCGUCUGAUGAGUCGGUUAUAUUUACUUGUUGGACAACUGAUCGGACAUAUUCCGCUGACACCUUUUACCUGUACAAUGACCGUCAACCAGUAAGUCAAAGGCAGUCACAGCAAAACAGCGCAACGUUCACCAUCACAAACCGACGAGUUGCUCCGAGGGAUUACUACUGUGAUUACACGUGCAGGGUGUACGGUAGAAGAAUAUCGUCAGGAUAUAGCAGCAGAAUAAAGAUAACGUUCGUGGAUCUGCCCAGACCAAACAUAUCACAAGUCCCCAGUCAUGUUUCUGAAGGUGAAGACGUUACGUUUAACUGCACAUCCACGAAAAACACCUCGGUCAAUACAUUCAACUUAUACAAGAACAGCGUUCAGUUGAAUGACUCGGUUCCCCAGAGUGCAGAUGCACAGAACAAAUCAGAAACAGUGGAAAUUACACAUGUGUCUAUAGAUUAA